UUUGGCAUGAAUAAGCAGCUUAACACUAACAAGAAAGUUACGCUUACAACACAACCAGUGGUUACUUACUAGUACUUUGAAAUUCAUCAUACGCUCUAACCGUAUGGGAUAUCAGUUUGCAGGCAAGUCAACACACAACUUCACUGAAAACAAUUUUUUCAGGAAAAGUGAACAUACAAACAACACCAUGCCGAUCCUACCGGACGCGAAUGAGGACUUCGAUGACAAGCUGACCUUCUGGGUGAACGGGAAGCGUCAUGUUGUUCAAAAUCCAGAUCCAGCCAUGACCUUGAACGAGUGGCUUCGUUCCCAGCGUGGGCUGACGGGGACAAAGGUCAUGUGUAGGGAAGGAGGGUGUGGCUGCUGUGUUGUCAUGGUGACGCAUUCAGAUCUGACCAAUGGAGGAGCAUGUUCUUAUUCCUUAAAUUCGUGCCUGUGCCCUCUGUGCAGUGUGGAUGGCUGGAGCAUCACCACGGUGGAGGGCCUUGGGGGACAGAAGGGCGGCUUUCAUCCCAUCCAGCGCCGCCUAGCAGACUUCAGCGGCAGUCAGUGUGGGUACUGUAGCCCCGGGAUGGUGGUCAACAUGUAUGGGUUGCUGAAUAAGAAGCCGCUACCCAACAAGCAAGAGGUGGAAAACCACUUCAAUGGGCACAUCUGCAGAUGUACAGGUUACAGACCCAUACUAGAUGCCAUGAAGUCUUUUGCUGUCGAUGCAGAUCCAGAGAAGGGCGGAUGUAUUGACAUUGAGGACCUCAACAAACACCCCUGCCCCAGUGCGGGGGAGGCGUGCAACGGUGCCUCUGCCAAUGGCAAUGGUGUGAACGGCACAAGUACAGGCUCCCUGAGGUGUUGCCAACAUGGAGUUACCUGGUACCGUCCCACCUCCCUGGCGGAGUUGUACAGCCUGUUGGAGCAGCACAGUCAGGACAAGUACAAACUGGUCUGUGGGAACACAGCAGCAGGUGUUUACAAGGAUGAUGGUCCUUACUCCUGCCUCAUCGACAUCAAAGCUGUGCCUGAUCUGUACAACUGUCAGGCUGGCCCGCCGUUGGUGGUUGGCUCUGCUGUGAGCCUGUCUGCCGUGGUGGAUCUGCUGCGAGCCAGUUCUGACCGGUCUCCGUCCUACAGCGUGCUGGCUGACCAUCUGUGCAAGGUUGCUAAUGUAUCCGUCAGAAACGUUGGUAGUUGGGCUGGAAACCUCAUGGUGAAACAUGCCCACCCAGAAUUCCCUUCAGAUGUCUUCACAAUCAUGGAGGCUGCGGGGGCGAAAGUCACCAUAGGAAACAAAGACGAAUCGCAGAGAAUGGCACUCAGUGACUUUUUGGGAACUGCAAUGAAUGGCAAGGCGAUUCAUUCGCUGGAAAUUCCGGCCGGAAAGCCUGAAGAUGUGUUCCGUACUUACAAAGUCGCUCCUCGGUCUCAGAAUGCCCAUGCGUACGUCAACGCUGGCUUCAGGAUGACACUGGACCGUAAGAGUGACGUAAUGGUGGUCGCAAAACCGUGCAUUGUGUUUGGCGGCAUUAACAAGACCAUGGUACAUGCCUCUGCCACUGAAGACUUUCUGGUUGGAAAGAGGAUCACGGAUGCUGACACACUGAGAGGAGCCCUCGCCGUACUUCAAGCAGAACUGGUGCCGGAUGAGUCUGCUCUCCAGUCUGUACAGUACACAAAACAACUGGCCAUGGGACUCUUCUAUAAGUUUUACCUGUCUGCCGUUGGGAAGGAAAGCCUGACAGAGCAGGUUUGCUCGGCGGCAGACUCGCUCGCACGUCCGGUGUCCCGCGGAGAGCAGCACUUCCAGACUAAGGAGUCCGAGUGGCCUCUCAGGCAGCCCAUGCCUAAAACAUCGUCCAGGGUGCAGGCAUCUGGAGAAGCCAUCUAUAUCAACGACAUGCCUGCUAUGCCUGGAGAAGUCUAUGCUGCAUUUGUGACUUCGACUGUCGCCAACUGUAAACUAGGCAACAUGGACUUUUCACAUGCCAUGGAAAUGCCAGGAGCAGUUGCAUAUCUGACAGCCGGAGAUGUCAGAGGAGAAAACAACUAUAAUCUGCCAUCAUCCCCCGUAGCUGAGAUUUUCUCCAGCGACGAGGUGUCGUAUGCAGGUCAACCGGUGGCUCUUGUCAUUGCAGACACCCAGGUCCACGCUGACGCCAUGGCCAAAGCUGUCCAGGUUACCUACACCGACAUGAAACCCCCCAUCCUCACCAUCCAGGAUGCCAUUACUGCAGAAUCCUUUCACCCGGAUGUUAUGGAAGUGGUAAAGGGAGAUCCGAAAGGUGCCCUAGCUGCAGCUCCUCAUCGUAUCUCUGGAGAGGUGUCGUGUGGUUCUCAGUAUCACUUCUACAUGGAGACCCAGGUGUGCCGCUGUACUCCAACUGAGGAUGGGAUGGACGUCCAGUCUGCUACCCAGUCUAUGGACUCAGUCCAGGCAUCUGUGGCACAGGUGACGGGAAUGUCAGCUCACAGAGUGCAUGUGUCUGUCAAGAGAGUGGGAGGAGCGUUUGGAGGAAAGGGCCCAGCGUCCAUGCUGCCAGCUGCUGCCUGUGCUGUGGCUGCUCAAAAUCUCAACAGGACUGUACGCUUGAGCAUGAGCCUUGAUGCAAACAUGGAAGCCAUGUCGAAAAGAGCACCCUAUCUUGUGAAAUAUGAGGUUGGUUUUGACGAUGAGGGAAGGCUGCUUGCAAUGGUGUACAAUCUGUACGAAGAUAAUGGAUAUUCGGUCCACCUGUCUUUUAUGUAUCUUCUGCCAAUGUCGGUUGAAAAUGUGUACUAUUGCCCAAACUGGCAACUCACGGGGCAGACCUGUAAAACCCACACUGCUCCGACAACCUACACAAGAGCUCCAGGGUUUAUCGCAGCUCACUUUUGCAUGGAGCACAUCAUCGAACACGUGGCCAAGACCCUGAAUAAGGACCCUACAGACAUACGCAGGAUCAACAUGUUUGAAAAGGGACAGACCAUUCUAUCCGGAGACGUUUUGUCUGACUGCAACAUCACUCAGUUGUGGGACGACCUCUUGACAUCGGCACAAAUCAAACAACGACAGCAGGAGAUAGAGGUCUUCAACAAGGAAAAUCGUUGGAAGAAGAGGGGCUUGUCUGUGGUUCCUUGUCGAUAUCCCUUCUUCCCAUCCUUAGUUCGUUUCACGGUUUUUGUGGCGAUCUACCACACCGACGGGUCCGUGGUCAUCACACAUGGCGGCAUUGAGAUGGGACAGGGCGUGGAUACAAAGGUGAUGCAGGUGGCAGCCGCCACCCUGGGCGUUCCCAUGGAGAUGGUCCACACAAUGUCCACCAACUCUCUGUCCAGUCCCAACAGUGGCGACUCAGGAGGAAAUGUCACCAGUGAACUGAACUGCCAGGGAGUGCUUGAAUGCUGCCGGAGGCUGAAUGAACGGAUCAACCCCAUCCGACAGGAGAUGGGCGGAGCUCCAAAAUGGACAGAACUCAUCAACACCUGUCACAGUAAAGGAGUGGACCUGUCCGAGAAAUACAUGGAGCAUCAUCCACUUCCGACUCUUCGCCCUACGUACAACAAUUACGGGGUGACCUGCACGGAGUUGGAGCUGGAUGUUCUGACAGGGGAGCGAGAAAUCACCCGGUCUGACAUUCUGUUUGACUGUGGGAAGAGUGUGAAUCCUGAGCUGGACAUAGGACAAGUUGAGGGAGGGUUCGUGUUCGGGCUGGGCUACUGGCUGACGGAGAAGUGUGUGUACGACAAGGAGACAGGGAGGCUGCUGACCAACGGAACAUGGGAAUAUAAGCCUCCUGCAACCAAAGACAUCCCAGCGGAUCUCCGAGUUACCCUGUUACCAAACUCAUUUAACCCGUACAACGUGAUCAGGUCUAAAGGUGUAUCUGAGCCAGUACUGCUGAUGUCCUGCUCCGCCAUGUUUGCUCUGAGACAGGCUAUCCAGAGCGCACGGGAGGACUCCGGCAAUGGGGCUGACUUCUUUCCCCUGAAUGGCCCUGCCACUGUGGAGACUUGUCAUGAGGCCUGUCUUGUGGACUCGUCCAACUUCACUCUGUAACAGCCCACCCGUGAUCACUAGUGGGCCUCUGUAAUCUUCAGUACACAGACGUGUAUCAGGGUGUUCCUUGUGCAGAAAUAUAGCUGAUUUCCGAGUACAUCUUACUCUUGUCUAGAAGAGCAUUCAAUCUCGGGGCAAGAGUAGACAUCCCGAUGACAGCGUGAAAAACGUCGACGCCUGAAGAGAUCUGAAGAGAACUAAGUCAAGUGAAAUUUUGAUUGCACAAUUGUCGCAGGCACAAUGUAGGGCAAAGUAAUAUGUACGUUGUAUUUUUUUUUGUAUUAGGCAACUGGUUAUGAAUUAACACAUGUAUGUACAACAUAGACCAAAGCGUUAUAACAGACUACUUAAAACUUACAUUAAUCUAGUAUAAAUUAGACAUAAUGACCCAUGAAGAUAACUAAUGUUCCAGCAGCUGCAGGGGGCUAGUAACUCCCUUGUACAUCUCACAAUACAUUUGAGCAUUGUCCUUUAACAUCUUAGAAGUGUCUGAGGAAAUGACUCAUGAUGACUAGAUAGUGAAGCCAUGUAGUUAGUAGUAAUGGUUUAUUGAGUACACACAGUUCACAUUAUCAAAAUAAUUAGCAACUCAUAGUACACUGUAAUGGGUUGAAUUGCAGUACUGACAAUUACAUACUAGUAGUUGAACAUCAGCAGAAUCAGAACAUCAAGAAUAAAAGAUUUAUACAUCUAAAAUUAAGUAUAAGCUUCAAGCUUCAAUUUACAAGUUUUAAAAUCAUGUGGCAUUAAGUACAAUAUCAACCAAGUAAAAGAUAACUACGACUUUAUGUUGACCAAACGUGCCAUGUAGUUAAAUGUUCUGAGAAAGUUUAUGUAUAGGUGAUUAGACAAGAUAUAUAUAAGCUUAGGAGAGUAAUGGAACCCUUGAAUCAGUGUUGAAUGCCCGUGGAGACUAGAAAGGGUACAGAGUUGAGUACAGUUCACUGUUGAGUGAGGACGAAUACAGGUCUACGUCUUCAAAA